GUAGUUCUUUGCCGUGGUUACGGCGCAUGGUUAAGCGCGUUGCAUUGUGGGCGCUCCUUCCUUUCCUCGCUGUACGGCCAUCUUGGCGGAGCAUCUCUGGUAACUGCGGCCUUCGUGAGCCACAAGGAUGGUGGCCGCCAAGAAGACGAAAAAGUCCCUGGAGUCCAUCAACUCUAGACUUCAACUGGUUAUGAAAAGUGGUAAAUAUGUGCUAGGGUACAAACAGACUCUGAAAAUGAUCCGGCAGGGAAAAGCCAAGUUGGUCAUCCUUGCCAACAACUGUCCUGCUCUGAGAAAAUCAGAAAUUGAGUACUAUGCUAUGUUGGCCAAAACUGGCGUGCACCACUACAGCGGCAACAACAUUGAGUUGGGUACGGCUUGUGGCAAGUACUACAGAGUAUGUACACUGGCCAUCAUUGAUCCAGGUGAUUCUGACAUCAUCAGAAGUAUGCCAGAACAAACCAGUGAGAAGUAAAAUGGCAGAACUUUUGUUUUUUGUGUAUAAUAAAAACUGGUUACAAAUCUACUGCUUAGCACGAGCUUUCAUAAGAUGGAUACAAAAUGAUACCUUAAAAAUCAUUACACAGUCUUUUUAGAAUUAGAUGUUGGAAGUAACAGCUGAAAUGUCUCACAUCUGCUACAUAAUUUUAUUGUAAAAUUUGGACUAUAUGACAUGAAAUUUAGACAUUUUGGAGAUUCUUAAAAGUACCAAGCAUUCCAAGUCACUCAGAAAGUAGUUAGCAUCCACUGAGGAUAUAGCACUAUUAGACACGUAGCCUCUGUUGGUUGAGAUACUGUGACUCUUUAUUGGAAAAGCUGCAACUGUAUGGCUUUACAUGGUAGACCAGUUAAAACAUAUGGAAGAGGCACCGAGAAGGAACAUGAAGGGUGAAGUUGGGAUGGCAGAGUUCAAAAUACUUACGUGUAACCAAGGUUGAGGCAAGAGAGAUAAACAGGCCUUCUGAAUUGUUUUCUGAAUAAAUAAUUUGAAGACA